AUGCUUCUCCCCGAUCCACCAACCCCCCACCUCCUCAACCGCGCCUCGUACCGUUCCGGCGGGGGUUGGGGGCUAGGCGUCGCCGGCGGCAACCGCGGCGGCGGGAACAAGGUCUCGACCGGCGCAAUCGUCGGCAUCGUCAUCGGCAUCACGGCCCUCGCCGCCAUCACGCUGGCGGUUAUCGGCGCCAGGCGGGGUUGGUGGUGUCGACAGCGCCGCCGCAAGCAGGUCGACGAGAGCGACUCCGUGUCCACAGACGACAUGAUCAGCCCCAUGUCCGGACCCGAGAAUGGUCCCGACGUGGCUUCCAAGGACUGGAGGAGAAAGUUUACGUGGGGGGAGAGGGGGGAUGGGGAUGAGGUUGUGGCCGAGCCGAGGGCUGCUCGUGUGGCGGUUUAG